UCCAUUGCACAUGAAAACUGAAGACUUAAAUAACAAACCCUCCAAGGUCAAAAUGAACACAGAUAGCGGUGGGUGUGCUCGCAAACGUGCCGCCAUGUCUGUUACAUUAACAUCUGUGAAGAGAGUUCAGAGUUCUCCAAACCUGUUGGCUGCAGGGCGUGAUUCUCAGUCACCAGACUCAGCUUGGAGAUGUUACAAUGAUCGAAAUCAAGAGACACUGAAUGGAGAUGCUACAUGUUCCUCUCUUGCAGCAAAAGGUUUUAGAAGCGUUCGACCAAACCUACAAGAAAAAAAAUCACCAACUCAGGCACCCCUUCCACCACCCAGAAAAGAGAGCUUUUGUAGCUCCUUGAUAACCAACCAUACAAAGGGUGACAUUUUAGACCAAUUAGUAACUAACACACAAAUUCCAUCCUGUACAGAGUUCAUUACUAACAAAACACCUCUCCAGGGAACUAUGUAUUCUAAUGAUGAUUCUAGCCAGACAAUUGUAUAUUCUGAAGAAUCUAACACAACUGUGUCAUAUACACAAAAAAUCACUAAUCCACUACCACCACCUUCCAGCACAGGUCCCCCACCAAAAGCUGACAUGAGUACCCCAUUUCUCCAAGAGGACUAUACCCAAGAUUCUCAAACUCGGAGAAUUUCCACAUUGAAACUAAUCCAUAACCAGGAUCCAGGAAGCAGCAUCACCUUUAGUCCUCCACAGUUUCCCAAAUCUGUUGAAGUACCAUCAUUUCUCAAAAGGCCUUGCUCACCGCCCGCUAACCCAGUGCCUGAGAAACACACAGCAUCUCUUUCCAUUCAGAUAGCUCCCCUUUCGGGACACGAUCCUGAAAGCCACAAACAGCCACCUGAGCUUUCUCCGGAGACUGCAAAGAUACCUCUUCAGCCAGAGAGACAAAGACCUGCAGUUGCUGUGGCUUCUCAGUCCUCAGACUGCCAAGUGCUUGGAAACCAGAACUUAACUGCCAAUGUGUUGGAGAGCCAGAUAACAGUGAAUGGAAACUCUGGAGGCACUGUGAGUCCAAUGAGUUACUAUCAGAGGCCGUUUUCCCCUUCUGCUUACUCGCUACCAGGCUCACUCAAUUCAAGCAUGAUCAUGCAGCAUGGCCGGUCACUUGAUUCCUCGGAGGCAUAUCCCCAGCAUGCCCAGUCUCUGGACGGCAGCGUGGGCAGCUCCAUACCCCUGUACAGGUCCUCUGAGGAGGAGAAGAGAGUGACAGUCAUCAAGGCACCCCACUACCCAGGGAUCGGGCCGGUGGAUGAAUCCGGAAUCCCCACAGCAAUCAGAACGACAGUUGACAGACCGAAGGACUGGUACAAGACCAUGUUUAAGCAAAUCCACAUGGUACAUAAGCCAGAUGAUGACACAGACAUGUAUAAUACUCCUUAUACAUAUAAUGCAGGCCUCUACAACUCGCCCUACAGUACUCAGUCACAUCCUGCUGCCAAGACCCAGACCUACAGACCACUCUCCAAGAGCCACUCCGACAACGGCACCAAUGCAUUCAAGGAUGCUUCCUCCCCCGUCCCUCCCCCGCCUGUUCCUCCAGUUCCACCCUUUCGAGCAAGAGAUCGGUCUUCAACAGAAAAGCAUGACUGGGAUCCUCCAGACAGAAAAGUAGACACAAGGAAAUUCCGUUCUGAGCCGAGGAGUAUUUUUGAAUAUGAACCUGGGAAGUCCUCCAUUCUGCAGCAUGAAAGACCACCCCCUCUCCCAACCACUCCGACACCUGUUCCAAGGGACCCUGGCCGGAAGCCUAUUUCUAUGUCACCCUGCGGAGAAGUAACUGGUAGCCCCUCCCCUCCGCCCAGGACCAGUAUCCCCGCACCAAGCCCGUGCGCCCCGGCUCUCUCCCCGAUCCGGCCUCCUAAAAAGGCUCUGGACUAUGUUCAAGAUCAUUCUCCUGGUGUUUCCAAUGAGGCCUCAUUGUAUCAAUCUUCUAUAGACAGAAGCCUGGAAAGACCCACUAGUUCUGCAAGCAUGGCCAGCGACUUUAGGAAAAGGAGGAGGAGCGAGCCUGCGGUGGGGCAGCCCAGGGGCCUGGGGGACCCAAGUGCAAGGAGCACUAGCCCAGGCCGAGCAGACCUCCCAGGAUCAAGCACCACCCUGACAAAGUCCUUCAUUAGUUCUUCUCCUUCUUCUCCGUCAAGAGCAAAAGGUGGGGACGAUAGCCAAACGUGUCCAUCCCUUUCCAGUUUCUCAGGGUUCAAUGGCCACCCCUCCCAUGAGUUAGAUUACUGUAAUGCUUACAGACAGCAUCUAGAUGUCCCGCAAGACUCGCAGAGGGCCAUUACUUUCAAAAACGGCUGGCAGAUGGCCCGGCAAAAUGCAGAGGUCUGGAGCAGCACUGAAGAGACCGUCUCCCCCAAAAUCAAAUCCCGUAGUUGCGAUGACCUUUUAAAUGAUGACUGCGACAGCUUGCCUGACCCGAAAACCAAGUCGGAAAGUAUGGGUUCUCUGCUAUGCGAGGAGGACCCCAAGGAGAGCUGCCCCGUGACCUGGGCUUCCCCCUACAUCCAGGAGGGCCGCAGUAACGGCAGAUCAAGGCUCCGACACAGGUCGGCCCACGACGCCCCGGGCUUCCUAAAGAUGUACAAGAAAAUGCACCGCAUCAACCGCAAGGACCUGAUGAACUCCGAGGUCAUCUGCUCCGUCAAGUCGAGAAUAAUGCAAUAUGAGAAGGAACAGCAGCGCAAAAGCCUGCUCCACGGAUGGAGCCAGUCUUCCACCGAGGAGGUGCCCAGGGACAUGGUCCCCACCCGCAUUUCUGAAUUUGAAAAGUUGAUCCAGAAGUCAAAGUCCAUGCCGAAUUUGGGAGAUGAAAUGCUAUCUCCUGUAACCCUGGAGCCGCAACAGAAUGGUUUGUGUCCCCAAAGGCGGUUUUCCAUUGAGUCUUUGCUGGAGGAAGAGAAUCAAGGUAGACACCCUUCUCAGGUACCUCGAAGCUACAAGUCUACAGCCCUGGUGCCCAUCCACAUUGAAGUCACCAGUGACGACCAGCCGAGAACCCAUGUGGAGUUUUCUGAUAGCGACCAGGAUGGAGUUGUGUCUGACCACAGUGAUUACAUUCACGUUGAAGGAUCGUCCUUCUGCAGUGAGAGUGAUUUUGAUCACUUUUCUUUCACAUCCUCUGAAAGUUUUUAUGGAUCCAGCCACCAUCAUCACCACCAUCACCACCAUCAUCACCGGCACCUCAUCAGCUCCUGCAAAGGCAGAUGCCCUGCCUCCUACACUCGAUUUACCACGAUGUUAAAACACGAAAGAGCUAAACACGAAAACAUUGAUGAGCCCAGAAGACAAGACAUGGACCCUGGCCUUUCUAAACUGGCGUUUCUGGUCAGUCCUGUGCCUUUCCGGAGGAAAAAAAAUUCAACUCCCAAAAAACAGAUGGAAAAGGCAAAAUGUAAGACAUCUGUGUUUGAGGCUCUGGACUCUGCCCUUAAGGACAUCUGUGACCAAAUUAAGGCUGAAAAGAGAAGGGGAAGUUUGCCAGACAACAGUAUAUUGCACCGUCUUAUCAGUGAACUGCUGCCAGAUAUUCCUGAAAGGAAUUCAUCACUCAAAGCCCUAAAAAGGAGCCCCAUGCACCAGCCUUUUCACCCACUGCCUCAAGAAGGUGCUAUUCAUUGCCCGCUGUACCAGAACGAUUGUGGGAGAAUGCCUCACAGUGCCUCCUUCCAAGACGACACCAACAACAACUACCACCACCAAGACCAUGAUGGUGCACUGAACCUCCAAGACCACGAGUCCCCUAGGAGUUACUCGGCCACACUGACUGAUUUUGGAAGAACCGCACCCAGGGAAAGAAGAGGAACUCCAGAAAAAGAGAAACUGCCUGCAAAAGCUGUUUACGAUUUUAAGGCUCAGACAUCCAAGGAGCUGUCAUUUAAGAAAGGAGAUACUGUCUACAUCCUCAGGAAAAUUGAUCAGAACUGGUAUGAGGGAGAGCAUCACGGGAGAGUGGGCAUUUUCCCAAUCUCAUAUGUAGAGAAACUCACACCUCCUGAAAAAGCACAGCCUGCAAGACCACCUCCCCCAGCCCAGCCUGGUGAAAUCGGAGAAGCUGUCGCCAAAUAUAAUUUCAGUGCUGACACCAACGUGGAGCUAUCGCUGAGAAAGGGAGAUAGAAUUAUUCUUCUUAAAAGAGUUGAUCAAAACUGGUAUGAAGGUAAAAUUCCAGGAACCAACAGACAAGGCAUCUUCCCUGUUUCCUAUGUAGAAGUUGUCAAGAAGAAUACAACCAAAGGUGCUGAGGACUAUCCUGAACUUCCAAUACCCCACAGCUAUUCUAGUGAUAGAAUCCACAGCUUAAGUUCAAAUAAGCUGGCUUCCAGUGAACCAGGCCCCCCUCUCUUGCACAAAGCUUCCCGUGACCCUGAUAGCGACGCUCUCCAGGGAAGCACCCCAGGGUGGCUGUCCCUGCCAGCCAAGGGUGCACUGAUAAAUCCUUCAGCCCCAACGCCGCCUCAUUUUCUGGACAAGUUCUUGGACGAAUUAGAGAAGCUUGGUGCUUUAGCUUUACCAGCUGACCCAGCCAAACCAGAUACCCCGGAGGAGAUCAGCCUUGAGGUUAAGGAGGACCCUUCCACCCUCCCCCCGUGGCCGCGAGCACCCGCACCUGCCCGAGGCCCCUCUUCUCGGCUGCCUUUGCUCCACUCGGCUAUGACCUCAGCUGCAGCCCGGCCUCCUGAGGCCACGAUGCUUCAGGAUUCUGGAAAGACACCUCCAAACCAGUCUGCAAAUGUGACAAAAACGAGAGAGGGCUCUGAAGGCCCGGAGAAGGUACUGGAGGUCCUAGGUGACAAGUUUGUGACCUGCACACACCCUGGCGUGGGUCCCUGGCCCCAAACCCUCCCUGUCAUUGGAGAGGAAGAUGAGGAAGUCUAUGAGGGGGUCAGGGCAGGCACCCGAAGAGGGCCAGAAUCUCAACAUCCAGAUGCCUUAUGCUAUGGCCAUGAUGGCACAGAGGUGACGUCACACCUCCACAUUGAAGAGGAGGAAGAGGAAAGACAAGCUGACUGCCUGAGAUAUCCAACAGCCACCCUCACAGGCCCUAGGGCCCCUAAGGAAGACAGCAAUGCGGCAAAAACCAGUGAUGAGCCAUCUUCAUUCUCUUCGGGACAUCGAACGUCUACAUCUUUCCCCAGCUGUCUGCUUUCCUUCCCUCCCUUUCAUGCCUCCUUGGCCACUGUCUCUGACCCGGUCCCCACACUCUCUCAGCCUACCCAGCCCUACUCACCUCUGCUCCUUCCUAAACACUCUUACCAACAGGAGAUAAGCUCACCACAAUUAAAGCCACAGCGUCCUGUGUUUACUCAUGAAAACAUUCAAGGUGGGGGGGAACCGUUUCAGGCUCUGUAUAACUAUACUCCUAGGAAUGAAGAUGAGCUGGAGCUCAGAGAAAGUGAUGUCAUUGAUGUGAUGGAAAAAUGUGAUGAUGGAUGGUUUGUGGGAACCUCUAGAAGAACCAAAUUCUUUGGUACUUUUCCCGGAAACUAUGUCAAGAGGCUGUGAAUCACUCUCCUGGUUAUUUAUGCCGCAUUUCAGCAGCACAUCUGCAUAACCUUGCCUGAGAGAUCCCGCCGGCCUCCUGCUGUAAUGCCUUCCAGUUUCCAACAGAAGUCACCCACUAUCACCAUCUCCACCUGCCACCAAACCACCAGCAACUGAACUGCCACGCCCUGGGGAAGAUGGGCGGAUUAGCCUCCAUGUGAAAGUGCAUAUCCCUGCUUUCUGCUCUAAACUUGGAAUAGUGGAUGUGUGGCAUCAGAAAGAAAACCCUAUGCUUAAUAAGGGUUGAGCAGUUGAGGCAAAAAAAUAAGUGUCUUGGAGGCUCCCUGGUCCACUUUGGAAGCUGUUCUCCCUUCAGGCAACCAGAAGAUUGUCUCUUACUACGUGCUGUGGUUUGCAUUUUCACCUUCUUAGCUUGGCAGUAUAUUUUCCUUUCACGAGUUUGCCUAGUGUCCUGGUUUACACGAUAUGACAACUGUACUUCAACUAUUGUUUGCCUGCACUUAUUUGUUGUAAAAUGCACAGUGAUUACAAAAUCUAAAGCAAGAGUAGGAAAGUAAUUCGAAUGAGUGUGAUUUUGUUGAAUUGAAUGUGAGUUUCCAAUAGGAGUCUUUUCCUGCAGGUUUUCUUCUUGUACUUUUUAGAAGUGCAAACAGUAAGUGAAUAAGAGCCUUUGGUAGUAAUCAUGAGAAUAUAAGAGGUUUAGCUAGACUACAAAAAAAAAAUAACUAUUGUGUUGUAAAGUUGCAUUGCUAUUUUAUAUUAAAAUGUAAUAAUCAGCAUCAUGAACAAUGAGCUCUUAGUGUUUUAUUUAUCUGAUAAAAGUUAAAUAAAAGCAGUGUUAGUGACAGGGGCAAAAAAUUAUUCUAACAUAGACACUUGAAAAUAUGUGUAAGCAAUAUUCAUAGGUAAGUUUUCACUGUGUGUACACAUACACAUCUGAGAUUGUAUGAGGACAAUCCAUAUGCUAUGUUGUACGUUUUAUGGAAAUGUAGAAGAAUCUCACACAUUAUUUUAUAGAAAUAGAGUACUUUGGAAGCAUCACAAGUAUUAAGGCUGGUUUUAGUAAGGAUUAUGAUCAAUACAAUUAUUUUUACUAUGAUAAUUAUUUUUCUUCUCUGGAACUCAGAAUCCUGGCUACAUUUGAGGACAGGAAUAUGUUGAGCCUGAUUUUCCUGGUGUGUGUAAACUAUUUCCUCAGAAUAUAUUAGGCACUUUUUAGAGACAAUGUUAAAUCAUUCAGGUUAUAUUUUCUGCCCUGAAAUAGAAACCUACGAGAUGUUAUUGGGACCUGAAAGAUUUAAUGUGGUUAACAGUGCCUGAAUUACGCAUACCCCUAGAACUAGCUUUGUAUUUCUUAUGACUUUGCAUAAGAACUAUUCAUAUUUGGAUCUUCAGCACCUUAUAGAUAAAACUUUUUACAGCAUUUCUUCUGUGGACAGUGAUUGAUCUUUUCACAAUGUACGUAGACUCUAGAAUUUUGUACAUACAUUUGCUCUUUUUUUUGUACAGACUAUUUAGUUGUUGAGAAGACAGGGGAAUUUCCUAAUUUGGUCUUUAUCCUUCAUUUAAACUAAGCUAAAACACCUUCAACAGAUCAUCCUUUACAUCUCCCACAAAUCAUUAUUAUGACUCGACAGUGCGAUUCUGUAAGAUAGCACUUAUGCAAAAGUUUAUGAAUAUAAGAUUUUAGCAGCCAAAUUAAAAUGUAUAUAAACACUGAUUAUAGAGGAAUUUCACUAGGAAGAAGGUAAAGAAACACCUUUGAGUAGCCUACCUUGAUUAUUGUCAAGUUCACAGCCAGCUUUAUAUUUUAAAGGCUUUGGGUUUGAAAUUAGGUCAACUGCAUGCAGCUUUGCUGAUAAAUGAAUAAUUACCUUUGAUGCCAUUUAUGAGAGAAGACUUCAAUAUCUGUUGCCUGUCAUACUUAAGAAAAAUUAAUGUUUCUACUCUCUGUAUCUGAUUUUAAAAGGAAAAAUAUUCAUACCAAGCUUUUAGGUAAUUGACUUCAAAUUCUUACAAGCAAAGGUCAUUGUGUUUUUCUUGAAUAGACAUCUAAUAAAUUUUGCUUGGACAUAUA